CCUUACACGGAGUAAUUUACGGGUCUAGGAAAAUAAGGUUGAAGAGUAAAAUCACUGCUCACAUCAGUCUGUCUUCCCAGGCUUUGCUCUCCCGAUAGCCAUUACAUUCUAUAAUCUGCAGUUUCUUAUGCCAUUGCGUAUUCUUUGAUAUCUAGAAAGAUGUCAAUGUCAAGGCUUUCAAGUAGAACUCAUCUAUGGCCUUUCCUGCAACAUUCUAGGUGUAUACAUAAUGUUUUGUGGUCGAGUUAUAAAUACACUGGAGCUAGUACCGGAUAUAAUGGUGUAUUAGGGUUGAUGCCAAGAAGUGGAUAUAGCAGGGGUUCGAUUAACAAAUCUUGGGAAUCUCAGUCCUUUGGUUCUAGGUCUCUUUGGAGAUCUAAUUCUUUGCUUAGUAUUCAAAGACAAUACACCUCUCAUGCUUCUACCCAACAGAAAUCACAAAAAAUGCUUUUGUACCUCACAGCGUUGGUUUUUGGGAUGGUGGGUUGUAGUUAUGCUGCUGUCCCUUUGUAUAGAACAUUUUGCCAAGCUACUGGCUAUGGGGGAACUGUUCAGCGCCGUGAGAGUGUUGAAGAAAAGAUUGCGCGCCAUACAAAAGAUGGAAUUGUCACUUCAAGGGAGAUUGUGGUGCAAUUUAAUGCUGAUGUUGCUGAUGGAAUGCCAUGGAAAUUUAUUCCUACACAAAGAGAGGUAAGAGUCAAACCUGGAGAAAGUGCCCUUGCAUUUUACACUGCUGAAAAUCGAAGUUCAGCUCCAAUAACUGGUGUCUCUACAUAUAAUGUCACCCCUAUGAAGGCUGCAGUUUACUUCAAUAAAAUACAGUGCUUUUGCUUUGAGGAGCAGCGCCUUCUUCCAGGGGAGCAGAUUGACAUGCCUGUAUUUUUUUAUAUUGACCCUGAGUUUGAAACGGAUCCUAGAAUGGAUGGAAUAAACAACUUGAUCUUAUCCUAUACAUUUUUCAAGGUCUCUGAGGAAUAAAAAGAGAAGGUGAUUUUGUAGUGACAUUAAAGCAUAAAUACUUAGGUUGAAUAAAAAAAAUCACUUUCCCUAACAGGGAAAAAUUGUGAGGAAAUUUCAUUACGAAAUCAAAUUAUAUAGGAAUUAACGCUGUAUAAACAAUUAGUUGAGGGAAAGUUCACUUUUCUUUGCUUCAGUUUUUCUUGUUAUCAUAUUCUACCA